AUGACUUUGCGAAGAAGGCUUAUCGAAUUACAAUGGUUUCUUCGCAUGAGGUUGGCUCGUUUUAUUUUCGUUGGACUCUUCCUGUUCACGGUUGUCUUUGUAAUCACGCAACUCCAAGAUCGAAAUAAGGGUCUUUAUUUCGCAAAUGAUGCCUUAACUAACGCACCUCUCCCCGAUGCGUGGCAAAAUAACGAAUUGGCGGGAAGCGCUGAUCCAAACACCGUUUUCGUUGGGGAACGGCUCGGAAACUACGAGCCAAAGCAACCUGAAGUCCCGUCGAAUCAGCCAGGUGAGGGUGGUUCACCAGUGUCAGUUUCUGAUGAUGCUGGAUUGAAGGAAUCGAAACGAGCAGAGAGAGAGUUUGGGUUCAACACUUAUGUAAGCGACAUGAUCUCGCUAAAUCGCACAAUUCCCGACAUCAGAAUGGAGGAAUGUAAGCACUGGAACUAUCCAGAGACCCUCCCAUCUGUCUCAGUUGUGAUUGUUUUUCACAAUGAAGGAUGGACUCCUUUGUUAAGAACUGUGCAUUCUGUACUACGUCGCUCGCCGUCACAUCUUAUCAAAGAAGUUGUUAUGGUUGAUGACUAUUCAGAAAAAGAGCAUUUAAAGGAGAAAUUAGAAAAGUAUAUUAUGCGCUUCAAUGGAAAGGUUCGACUCGUGCGCACAGAAGAUCGUGAAGGACUUAUUCGUGCUCGCACCAUUGGUGCUAAGCAUGCUACAGCAGAUGUGAUUAUUUUCCUUGAUGCCCACUGCGAAGUUAACACAAACUGGUUGCCACCCCUUCUCGCGCCAAUUAAGCAUAACAGGCGCGUAAUGACAGUACCUGUCAUUGAUGGGAUUGACUCAAAUACUUGGGAGUAUCGAAGUGUAUAUGGGCAAGCAGACCGACAUUUCAGCGGAAUAUUCGAAUGGGGUCUUCUCUACAAGGAAACUUCAAUUUCUGGAAAAGAAAGAGAUAGCCGGACCCACGAUAGCAUGCCAUUCCGGUCUCCAACACACGCUGGUGGUCUCUUCGCCAUUGAUCGACUAUGGUUCCAAGAACUUGGAUAUUAUGACGAAGGUCUUCAAAUUUGGGGUGGAGAGCAGUAUGAGCUGAGUUUCAAGAUUUGGCAGUGCGGUGGAGGAAUUUUAUUUGUACCUUGUUCUCAUGUUGGCCAUGUGUACAGGUCGCACAUGCCAUAUUCAUUUGGUAAACUUUCCGGGAAACCAAUUAUCUCGACGAAUAUGAUGCGAGUGAUCAAAACAUGGAUGGAGGACUAUGCUCAGUACUAUUUUAUUCGCGAACCACAAGCACAACAUGUUGAACCUGGCGACUUAACCGCUCAGUUGGCUCUGAAGGAACGAUUGCACUGUAAAUCGUUCAAAUGGUACAUGGAUAAUGUUGCAUACGAUGUCUUGCCCAAUUAUCCGCUCCCACCGAAGAACAAAGUCUGGGGAGAAGCGCGAAAUCCUCAUACAGGCAAAUGUCUCGAUCGGAUGGGAGGAAUUCCUGGUCCGUUAGGAGUGAAUGGCUGUCAUGGCUUCGGUGGCAAUCAGUUGCUGCGGUUGAAUGUAGAAGGUCAGCUUGCGCAAGGAGAAUGGUGCCUUACACCUAAAGGAGUGCGCAUAGAAGCAAACCAUUGUAUAAAAGGAACUGUGAAUGGACCAUGGGCUUACGAAGAGGAAACAGGGCACAUUGUCUACACAAGGUCGCGGCAAUGUCUUACUGUGGAUGCGCCUCAUCCUGGUGACCUCACUUUAACACGAUGUGAUGUCGAAAAUCCAUUCCAGAAGUUUGAGUGGAAAGAAUUUUAUCAGUAA